ACAAACUUCAUACACAAAUCCGUCUUUGUCUGCUCUACAGACAACCUCAUACUCCUCACAGCAAGAACAACAACCCAUCAUCCAUUAUGGCCAUUCUCGCCCAAGCCAAAUACGGCAAAGACAAUGUCCGCCUGUUCAAAGUCCACCGCAACACCGACGGCACCCAAGACGUCGUAGAAAUGACCGUCUGCUCCAUGCUCGAAGGCGACAUCGCCGCCUCCUGGACGCAUUCCGACAACAGCAACAUCGUCGCAACCGACACACAAAAACAAACGACCUACAUCAUGGCCAAACUCCACCCCGUAAACCCACCCGAACACUUCGCCGCAAUUCUCGGCCAACACUUCAUCGACACAUACUCCCACAUCUCCGCCGCGCACAUCUGGGUCACAGUGCAUCGCUGGACGAGAAUGGAAGUCGAGGGGAAACCACAUCCGCAUUCUUUCCUACGAGAUGGAGAGGAGAAGAGAACUGUAUACGCAGUCGUGAAACGAGGACAAGGGAUCAAAAUUGAAAGCGGAAUCAAAGGACUCCUCGUUCUAAAAUCCACAGGCUCGCAAUUCUGGGGUUUCCAUCGCGAUGAAUUCACAAGAUUACCGGAAACCUGGGAUCGUAUCCUCUCCACAGAAGUCCAAGCGAACUGGACAUGGUCGACCUUCUCCACACUCUCCGAUGUCAAGAAAGAUGCGGGUCGUUUCAACAUGGCUUGGGAAGACGCCAGAAGGAUUACGUGCGAGAAAUUCGCGACGGAGAAUUCUCCGUCUGUGCAGAAUACCAUGUAUCUCAUGGCGGAAGAGAUUUUAAACGUUGUGCCGAAAGUGGAGAGUGUUUAUUAUAAGUUGCCCAAUAAGCAUUAUUUUGAGAUUGACUUGAGUUGGUAUAAGGGGUUGAAGAAUACGGGGGCUGAUGCUGAGGUUUAUGCGCCGCAGAGUGAUCCGAAUGGGUUGAUUGAGUGCACUGUGACUAGGGAAGGUGGGAAGGCGAAGUUGUGAGGGAGAUGGGAGGAAGGUUGAAGAAUCUUGGCAUUGAUAUAUGGGAAGGGCUUACACAUGGCCUCUUCAGUUGAGUAUAUAUUUACAGUGGCGUUUAAGCUUUAGCUUUGUCAUAGACUGAAUCAAAGAUACCCUCUUCUUGUGACGACGAAGACAAAUUCCUGCCACUCAGUCCCGGCCGCCAGGUAUCUGUUUCUUGUGGUCGUGUUUCUCCUCUCGACCUCGUCAGCCGUCUCAUUGCUCCAGGAGGCGUCUCCUCACUGCUCCCUCGGCACUAGCGAUGCAUAGCGAGUGUGCGCGAAAUCGCCAUCAUCCCGCGCUCCUCUUCAGCAGCAAUUCAUUCGAUAUCCCUGUCAUGCAAUUCUCACGCCACAUUAUUCUCCCCUCCUAUUCCUAAACUCCCCUGCUGUCGCUCCUCCACCGUCCUCACCACCUCCUCUUUCCCAUACUUCCUCAUCAAAUUCCCCUUAUACGGAUGUUGCUGUCCCUCAAAACACUUCAAUCUCGCCAUCCUCUCAUCCCUCAACCGAUUCUUCGGCAACAUGCCCCUAACCGCUCGUCUGAGGAUCUCACCACCACCCCACUUCGCCAUCAUCUUCUCCAUCGUAAUUUCCUUCAAACUUCCAGGUCGCGUCGUAUGAGAAUAAUAUUUCUUCUUUUCCAUUUUCUUCCCUGUCGUGUGGAGAUUGUGGCAGUUUGUUGCAACUACGUAGUCGCCGCAGUCGGUGGAUGGGUUGUAGAUUGGUUUGUGCUUUCCCAUUAGGGUUAUUGCUAUUGAGGUUGCGAGGCGGCCUAAGGGUCUGGGGUCUGUUGAGAGGUUUACGAGGUGCCAUGUUCGUGAGUAGGCGAGGCGGGUCUUGCCCACGUAUUGAGACAUUUUGGGAAGCCCUUUGCGGGCGCGGAAGGAGUGGGAAGCGCAGUGCGAGGUCGUUCCAGACUUUUCAGAGACGUGGAAACAGCGAGUUCACUGAACGGAGC